CACCCGAAGCCUAUAAAAUCAAAAAAUUCAUUCCCCCAAACUUGUAGAACCUCUUUUGCCGCAUCACUCCUCUCUACUCCCCCAACCCCUCUCCCUUUUUUUAAAAUCUAUAAAUAAAUUCAUCAUCCGGCGGAGCUUUGAUAACUGAUCGUCCCGUAAUCAUUCACCUUCUCCCCUUCUCUCUCUCUCUCUAUAUAUAUAUCGCAAUCGAUUUUACUUGUGUAAUUCUGUGUGUGGAUCCAAUCGAGACAUGGUGGAAACGAGACGAAGCUCCUCUUCCUCCAAACGCCCUCUUUCUUCUCCCUCAUCGUCUCCUCUCCCUAAUGGCAAACGCUCCAAGGCGGCGGAGGCGCUAUCAUCAACUAAUGAUACCCUAGGGGGAAAAACCCAGGGUGCGGUGAAUGAAUCUGCUGAGCAAGAGGUUCGAUCGGCUGAUCUGGCUGCUGCUGCUACUGUUUUGAAGUCGUCUGAUGCUUCUCUGCCACUGAAAUCGCCGGAAAAUCAAGUGGAAGGCGAGCCUUUGGUGUCACCCAUGACUCUAGGUCAUUCUGUGAUUGACGCGGCGGAGAAGGCGAAGAAACGGCAGCUGAAAUCAAAUGUUGUUGGGGCUGCAUGGGCACAACUUAUUUCCCAGUGCUCUCAAAAUCCUCAUUUUGUCAUGCAUCGUCCUACUUAUUCUGUUGGUCAAGGUCCUCAAUGUGACUUGUGUAUAGGAGACCCUUCUGUUAGCAAAUCUUUAUGUAAUCUGAAGCAUAUUGAACAAGAGAAAGGAGGAUUUGUCACUCUACUUGAAAUUACUGGCAAGAAAGGUGAUGUGCAAGUCAAUAGUAAGGUCUAUCCAAAAAUGUCUACUGUGCCUCUCAAUGAUGGUGAUGAGGUGGUUUUUGGCUCGUCUGGUCAACAUGCUUAUAUUUUUAACUUAAUCACCAACGAGAACAAGUCUAGCUUGACACAUCCAAUCAGCAUACUUGAAGCUCAUAGUGGAUCAGUCAAGGGAUUACAUUUUGAGGCAAGGUCAGGUGACCCCUCCACAGUAGCAGUGGCAUCAGCCCUGGCAUCUUUGUCUAAUCUUGAGAAAGAGUUGUCCCUUCUCCCACCAUCAUCUCAAAAUGGCAAGGAUGUGAAAGAAGGUUCGGAAAUGUCCAGACUGCCAGCUGCAAAUGGAGUGGCAGACAAACAUGAUUUAGAUAUUGAUAUGAAGGAUGCUUCUGAUCGUAGUGAUUUACCUGGUAUUUCGCUGCGUGAGAAGACUGGUGUAAUAUCUCCUGACACUAGAAAUGAGAACAUGAAUCUUGAUGGUGCGCUUGAUUCAGAUGAUGCAGAGAUAGGGAAGAUCUCUGGGGCAGCUCAGGAAUUGCGACCUCUUCUGCGAGUACUUGCUGGAUCUUCUGCUGAAUUUGACUUAGGCGGUAACUUCUCCAGAAAUUUUGAAGAGCGAAGGGAAAUAUGCAAACUACUUAGAGAUUUUGACCCGCCAAUUUUGACAUCAACCAGGCGCCAAGCAUUUAAAGAUUUGUUACAACAAGGAUUACUUGAUUCAAAAAAUAUUGAUGUCUCAUUUGAAAAUUUUCCGUAUUAUUUGAGUGAAACCACGAAGAAUGUUCUGAUUGCUUCUACUUACAUUCAUUUGAAGUGUCACAAAUUCACAAAAUAUGCAUCAGAUCUCCCCACAUUGUGCCCUAGGAUUUUGUUGUCAGGUCCAGCAGGUUCAGAGAUCUACCAGGAGACGUUGGCCAAGGCACUUGCGAAAUUCUUUGGUGCCAGGCUACUGAUAGUUGAUUCUCUCUUAUUGCCUGGUGGGUCAACUGCCAAAGAAAUUGACUCUGUAAAGCAAAGUUCUAAACCUGAGAGAGCAAGUACUUUCGCUAAACGUGCUGCCCAGGUGGCUGCACUACAUCUUAAUAAGAAGCCAGCUUCAAGUGUUGAGGCCGAUAUAACUGGUGGUUCUACAAUAAGUUCUCGUGCUCAGCCUAAGCAGGAGGCAUCUACUGCAUCAUCCAAAAACUACACUUUCAAGAAAGGUGAUAGGGUGAAGUAUGUUGGUCCUUUACAGUCAGGCAUUUCUCCCUUGCAAACACCAUUGAGGGGUCCAACAUAUGGUUAUAGGGGGAAAGUGGUUCUUGCAUUUGAAGAUAAUGAGGCCUCUAAGAUCGGCGUCAGGUUCGAUAAAUCAAUUCCAGAAGGCAAUGAUCUUGGUGGUCUCUGCGAGGAAGACCAUGGUUUUUUUUGUGCUGCUGACUUGCUCCGCGUUGAUAGCUCGAGCAGUGAUGAUAUUGAUAAACUGGCCAUUGAUGAACUCUUUGAAGUUGCUUCAAAAGAAAGUAAAAGUAGUGCAUUAGUUUUACUUGUCAAAGACAUUGAGAAGUCUAUGGUGGGUAAUCCUGAGGCCUAUGCUGCUUUCAAGGUUAAACUUGAACAUUUACCAGAGAAUGUUGUUGUCAUAGCUUCCUAUACUCAAACAGACAACCGAAAGGAGAAAUCACAUCCUGGUGGACUGCUGUUUACAAAGUUAGGAAGUAACCAAACAGCAUUGCUUGACCUUGCUUUCCCCGAUAAUUUUGGUAGGUUGCAUGAUAGAAGCAAAGAAACCCCUAAAACAAUGAAGCAGCUCACCCGUCUUUUCCCCAACAAAGUUACCAUACAGCUACCUCAGGAUGAAGCAUUAUUAUCUGACUGGAAGCAACAGCUAGAACGGGAUAUUGAAACUUUGAAAUCUCAGUCAAAUGUUGCAAGCAUUCGCAAUGUUUUGAGUCGUAUAGGAAUUGAUUGCCCUGACCUCGAAACUUUAUGCAUAAAAGAUCAAGCAUUAACAAGUGAGAGUGUGGAAAAGAUAAUAGGCUGGGCCUUGAGCCACCACUUUAUGCACAAAUCUGAGUCGUCAAUAAAAGAGGCCAAGCUGGUUAUCUCCAGUGAAAGCAUUGGUUAUGGACUCAAUAUUUUGCAAGGCACCCAAAAUGAAACCAAGAGUCUGAAAAAAUCUCUCAAGGAUGUGGUUACUGAGAAUGAUUUUGAAAAAAGACUACUUGCGGAUGUUAUUCCGCCUUGCGAUAUUGGGGUUACUUUUGAUGACAUUGGGGCCCUGGAAAAUGUCAAGGAUACUUUGAAAGAGUUGGUGAUGCUGCCACUUCAGAGGCCUGAAUUGUUCUGUAAAGGACAGCUGACAAAGCCUUGCAAGGGAAUAUUGCUUUUUGGGCCCCCUGGUACCGGUAAAACAAUGCUUGCAAAAGCUGUUGCUACGGAGGCUGGUGCGAACUUUAUUAACAUAUCAAUGUCAAGCAUUACUUCAAAGUGGUUUGGUGAAGGAGAGAAGUAUGUCAAAGCAGUCUUCUCAUUAGCUAGUAAAAUAGCUCCAAGUGUUGUUUUCGUUGAUGAGGUGGAUAGCAUGCUAGGAAGACGAGAAAAUCCUGGCGAGCAUGAAGCCAUGCGGAAAAUGAAGAAUGAAUUCAUGGUGAAUUGGGAUGGCUUGCGUACAAAGGACAAGGAGCGAGUGCUUGUACUUGCUGCAACCAAUAGACCAUUCGACCUUGAUGAAGCAGUUAUAAGGAGGCUUCCACGAAGGCUGAUGGUAAACUUGCCAGAUGCUCCGAACAGGGAGAAAAUUUUGAGAGUGAUAUUGGCCAAGGAAGAGUUAGCACCAAAUGUUGAUCUCAAAGCUAUUGCUAAUAUGACUGAGGGUUAUUCUGGGAGUGAUUUAAAGAAUUUGUGUGUCACAGCUGCUCAUUGCCCAAUUAGAGAAAUUUUAGAGAGAGAGAAAAAGGAAAGAGCAUUGGCAGUUGCAGAGAGCAGGCCUGUCCCUGCAUUGCAUAGUAGUGCGGACAUUCGUCCUCUUAACAUCGAUGAUUUUAAAUAUGCACAUGAACAGGUUUGUGCUAGUGUAUCAUCAGAAUCGGCAAACAUGAAUGAACUUCUUCAGUGGAAUGAAUUAUAUGGUGAAGGUGGAUCAAGGAAGAAGAAAUCUCUCAGCUAUUUCAUGUAGAGACAUUUUAACUGUAUAGUGUUGCUUUAUUUAUUUAGUUCUUAAAUCUACCCAAGCUGGUUGCAGCGGACUUGCAUUCUUGGAAAUCCAUUUCAGGUUCCCCGAAGUCCUCCCCCGUUGGCCAAAUGUGGCCAAUGUGUAUCAUAUUUAGUUUUAUAGGUAUUUAUAUCAGCAAGUGCAGGUUAUGAAAUAUCUAUCUGAAGCUUGUCUUCCAAUUUUCACCUUAUUAGAUCUCUGUAUAUACCAAUUGAUUUAUUUAAUAAAGAGUCUCAUGUCUUUCGACACUUUUUUUG